AUGUCGCUCCUACAAGCUGUCAAGUACCAACGAGGCAAGCUGGAGGUCCUUGACCAGCUCCUCUUGCCCCACGAAUUCCACUAUGACACCGUCUCAACUCGCCAAGAGGCGUUCGACAGCAUCGCUACGAUGCGAGUGCGAGGCGCCCCGGCCAUUGCUAUCGUAGCCAGCUUGGGACUCGCUGUUGAACUGCACAACAACCCCGUUUCGGGCACUUCAGAUGAACAAGUCAUUUCUCAGAUUGAUGAAGCAUUGGAUUACCUCAAGCAGAGCAGGCCAACAGCCGUCGAUCUGACCAACGCCAUCACCCAGCUCAAGGCGACAAUUCGAACGGCUGAUGGAAAGGGCAAAGAGGCGAUUGUGCAAGCAUUCAUCGAAGAGGCGGAAAGAAUUUUCGAAAAGGACCUCCAGAGCAACCUUUCGAUCGGAGACUUUGGCGCACAAUGGCUUCAGGCUCAGGCCGGCGCUUCGCCCGAUCAGAAGAUUUCCGUGCUUACACACUGCAACACCGGCGCGCUCGCCACCUCAGGCCAUGGAACAGCACUUGGCAUUAUCCGCACGCUCCAGUCCAAGGGAUACCUCAAGCACGCCUUCUGCACCGAAACUCGACCUUACAACCAAGGCAGCCGAUUGACAGCAUUCGAGCUGGUCCACGAGGGCAUCCCCAGCACCCUUAUUACCGAUUCCAUGGCAGCUGCUCUUUUCAGAACCAAGAAGGCGGAGAACAACAUUGCAGCCGUCAUUGUUGGCGCUGAUCGUGUCGUUCGCAACGGUGACACUGCAAACAAGAUUGGCACUUACCAAUUGUCCGUUCUAGCCAAGCACCACGGCAUCAAGUUUAUCGUUGCUGCUCCAACCACGAGCAUUGAUUUGGAGACAAAGACUGGCGAUGGUAUCAAGAUUGAAGAGCGUAAGAGGGAGGAGCUGACACAAAUCUCCGGCGCAGUUGUUGGGCCAGAUGGUCGUGUAGAUGGUAACAACAAGGUUCGCGUUGCAACGGCUGACCAGCGGAUCGAUGUGUGGAACCCUGCCUUUGAUGUCACUCCUGCAGAGUUCAUCGAUGUCGUCGUGACGGAGAAGGGUGCUGUGGAGAAGGGACCCGAUGGUACCUUUGACUUUAGCAAGAUUUUGCCUAAACGGUGGGCAAAGGUGGUUGGUUAA